CAUCCGACUGUUGAAGCUUUCUGGUUGGGAAGGCAGUCCAGAAAUGACGACAGUGUCCAUGGAGCCUGUCGGGGUCCUGGUGGACCGGGGCGCCAACGCCACCGACCCGCCUCUGACCUCCCAUGAAGACACAGCCGCCACCUUCACCAUCGGCACCAUCCUCUCCAUCAUGUGCCUUGUCGGAGUCUUAGGGAACAUCUACACCCUGGUGGUCAUGUGCCACUCCAUGAGGACAGCUGCCUCGAUGUACAUUUUCAUAAACCUGGCGCUGGCAGACCUGCUUUACCUCCUCACCAUCCCCUUCGUGGUGUGCACACACUUCCUCAAGGGAUGGUACUUUGGGGACGCAGGGGUGCGGAUUCUGAUCAGCAUGGACUUCCUCACCAUGCACGCCAGCAUCUAGCUGACAAUCAUGAGCACGGAGCGCUACUUCGCCGUGCUAAAACCGCUCGACACCGUCAAGCGGUCCAAAAGUUACCGGAAGGCUAUCGCCCUGCUGGUGUGGGCGGCCUCGCACCUCACCUUGCCGAUGAUUGUGAGGAUUCAGCUGAUGACGGUGGGCACCAAGGCCAUGUGUCAGCCUACCCUGUCGCCGUCCUCCUACAAGGUUUACAUCUUUCUGUUUUGCACUAGCAUUGUGGCUCCGGGACUCAUCAUCGGCUAUCUCUACAUCCAGCUAGCACGCACUUAUUGGAUUUCACACGAGACCUUCAAACAGACCAAGAAACUGCCUAAUCAAAAGGUGCUCUACUUGAUCUUCACCAUUGUGCUCCUCUUCUGGGCGUGCUUCCUGCCCUUCUGGAUCUGGCAGCUGUGCCAGUUCCACCCCUUGGUGUCCCUCUCGCCCAAAGCCAAGCGCAACAUCAACUACCUGACCACGUGCCUGACGUACUCCAACAGCUGCAUCAACCCCUUCCUCUACACGCUGCUCACCAAGAACUACAAGGAGUACCUGAGGAAGCACAAGCGCUCGUGGUCGGCCGGCAACUACUUCAACCGGCGCAGUCGGUUCCAGCGCUCGCCGCGGAGGUCGCCGUCCGCCAGCAGCCAGCAGUGCACCGAGAGCUUCAUGCUCACGCACACGGCCUCGCUGCGAGCUCACAACAGCAGCUUGUGAGGUA